AUGGACGCGAUUCGAGCUAUUCAACCGAUGCUCAGCACUUUCCCAUUGAGAAAACUACCGUUUGUCGCAAUGAAACAUGUGAUUAAAAUCAUGGAUAUUGAUGAAAUAGUAAAAAUCGCAAUUACCUCGAAAUAUAUGGAAGCUAUUGUAAAAGUCUGUUAUAUUCGAAUCAGACAGAUUAGGGUUAAUCUUUACGGGGAACGCACUUAUGUUAGUUUGGAUUACCCCGGUGUGACACUUUCUUGUGGUACCAACCCUUUCAACCAUCCCAGUAUACCAAAAUUGAUAAAGGAGGAUUUGAAACCUUGGCUCUCCGAAACAUCGACAACCCUCGAAUACACACGUCAGUUAUUCACUCGAAUUUAUAAACUUUUUAGAUGUGGACACAUCAAUAUGCUGAUAAGCUCAUCCACUCAAAAUAUCAAGGAGGUUCUGGAAAUUCCAGAAUUCCGAAAUUUUGCAGUUUUGUAUUUGGUUGGGGGACAUUUUAAGAAGGAACAGCUGGAUGAAGUGAUGGAUUUUGAGAGAGAAGACCAAGAUUUGCAUAUAAUUAGAGGUGAAAUUCCAGAAGAUUAUUAUCAUCCAAAUCUCUUCAAGUACACUGAUGUCCAUUAUUGUGAUGCUCGUUGGAUCCGCCUGGAACAUCUUCUUUCGAUUAAAAACAACGAUGUAAUUACACUAGGAAAGAACAAUUUAACCAUCCCUGACAUCAACAAAUUUCUCCAUCACUGGGUGAAUUCGGAAUAUGAUUUAUUCAAUUGGAUGACCAUAGAUAUUGUGGAAGAAGAAAUAAUGCCUGUUUUAUUUCAUGGGAUUGAUGUAUUGAUAGGGUAUCGGUUUGGAAGUGAGCGCAGACUAAUCUCAGUCAACUCACCAAAGACUCGAAAACGGCCUAUACUGAGUAUAGUCCAGUCGCAGUUGUGUAUUUAUAUAAAUACCUGGUCUAUUCAUCAACGUCCUUAUAAAGAGUAUCUUUAUGAUGAUUCAUUGAUGAUUUUUGAUAAAUCGUAUGCUCCAGAGUAUAAAGUUCUACAGUUGCUGAAACGGAGAAGUGUAUUGAAUUCGAAACUGAAGCAAGUGAAAGAGGAUUCUCUAGAAAAACAGGAACUCACUGGAAAGAUUGAUAAGACAAAUAAAAAACUUCAGUUGAAAGGAGUGGAAUAUGAAAACGGAUGGCCUAUUCUACGUAGUGGUGUUGAGAUGUCCACCACCGCCACGUCUCCACCAUCUGGAAUUCAAGUGUCAUUGUUCAAUCGGGACCAAUGGGAGAAGUUUUAUCCACACACUGAAAUGAUUCUGAAUCGGACGAAUGGACGUCAAUUGUUUCCUCUUCUGAAUUAUAUUUUGAAAGGAUUGGAUCCAGAUUUAGUGUAUGCUGUGUUUCUUCAUUUUGAGAGAGUCGAUAACUAUAAAUACGAAUUCCUACGCAAUAAAUGGGAAAAGAAACGAGAAGGCUAUAAGAUUCCACCAAUCGAUAUGAAACAACACACGGAUGGAUGGAAGAAUGGAAGUCAUUGGAUGAAUAGUCCAGUUUCAUUUAAACAUAUCAAACUCACAAAUGAUCCCGAUAACACCAAAGAAGACAGGGUCUAUGUACAAUCCAGGCAUAAAUAUCUCCCAGUUAUCAGCAUUCAGAAAAUGGGGGAUUCGGUGAAAGAGGAAUUCCGAUUGGGCGUCACGGAGUUUAUCGGUGUCACUGCUUAUCAGAAUAGUCAUAUAAGUUCCCUGAAAAUUGAACUAAACCCGUAUGCGGCCGGAUUCAAGGCAUUUGGCGGGCAUAAUAAGUUAUCCAAAGCGAAUAUGAAACGACGAGGAGUUAACCGUCCAGCCACGGAGCUACCGUACCCAGGCUCACCGUCAGAAAUGAUAUUUGCUCCAAAUUUCACUCAAUCCGUUAACCAUUACCAGGAGAAUCAAAUGGGAAUGUACCCAAUGCAAAUGGCUCCCGGAAUACCUUAUAUUUCUCAAGUAUCAAUCAACUAUCGUUAUCCACAGCAGAGCCAUAUGAUGCCCAUGAACAAUAUGGUACCAUGGUACCCAACGGAUAUGACAAUGGGACCAUGGAAUCAGAUGCAGAUGUAUCAAGGAAUGCACGGUAUGGUACCAAACAUGGUUCCACGGAUGCCACUUACUAGCUAUCCUCAAAACUGGCAGUAUCCACAGGGCAAUAUGGUAGCAUGGAAUGGAGGAUAUGGAUAA